AUGCAAACUAGAAAGACUUUUUCUUGGAUAAAGGAACAAAUAAAUCGAUCCAUUUCCGUAUCGCUCAUGAUAUAUAUCAUAACUCGGCCAUCUAUUUCAAUUGCAUAUCCCAUUUUUGCACAACAAGGUUAUGAAAAUCCACGAGAAGCGACUGGUCGUAUUGUAUGUGCCAAUUGCCAUUUAGCUAAUAAGCCCGUGGAUAUUGAAGUUCCACAAACGGUACUUCCAGAUACUGUAUUUGAAGCAGUUGUUCGAAUACCUUAUGAUAUGCAACUAAAACAAGUUCUUGCUAAUGGUAAAAGGGGUACUUUGAAUGUAGGGGCUGUUCUUAUUUUACCAGAGGGUUUUGAAUUAGCUCCUGCCGAUCGGAUUUCCCCCGAGAUGAAAGAAAAGAUAGGCAAUCUUUCUUUUCAGAGCUAUCGCCCCAAUAAAAAAAAUAUUCUUGUGAUAGGCCCCGUUCCUGGUCAGAAAUAUAGUGAAAUAACCUUUCCUAUCCUUUCCCCGGACCCCGCUACUACGAAAGAGGUUCACUUCUUAAAAUAUCCUAUAUACGUAGGCGGAAACAGGGGAAGGGGUCAGAUUUAUCCCGACGGGAGCAAAAGUAACAAUACAGUUUAUAAUGCUACCUCAGCAGGUAUAGUAGGUAAAAUAAUACGAAAAGAAAAAGGGGGUUACGAAAUAACCAUAGCGGAUGCAUCGGAUGGACGUCAAGUGGUUGAUAUUAUCCCUCCAGGGCCAGAACUUCUUGUUUCAGAAGGCGAAUCUAUCAAAUUGGAUCAACCGUUGACGAGUAAUCCUAAUGUGGGCGGAUUUGGCCAGGGAGAUGCAGAAAUAGUACUUCAAGACCCCUUACGUGUCCAAGGCCUUUUGUUCUUCUUGGCAUCUGUUAUUUUGGCACAAAUCUUUUUGGUUCUUAAAAAGAAACAGUUCGAGAAGGUUCAAUUGUCAGAAAUGAAUUUCUAG